UGCAAACUGUUUUGUGUUUCAAACAAUUGUCAAGUGAGCUUAAGCUACUGACAAAAUGCAUCACUUGUCGCCGCCGCCAUCGCCACAAUCGCAGCCAAGUCCAGCAGGCUAUGCCGGUCAAGCGCUGGAUAAGCAAUGGAUGCAACGCGCCUCCGCGUUCAAUACUGUGAUAGCAUCCGCUGCGGCACAGAAGCUUAACAAUCGAGAUCUGCCUUUCCUUUACAAUCCGCUGCUCUACUCCAGCGCCUUGCUCUGGCCACAGUUUCUGCUGUCCUCGGCCACAGCGAUGGGCACACCGCUUACACCCAUUACGCCCAAAUCGCCCGCCUCCAUAGUUCAUAGCCAGCGUGAGCGCGACUAUGCGCUGACGCCCGAGAAGGAGCAGGAGCUGCAUAUGCAGCAGCAGCAGUUGGAGCAGGAGCAACAGCAAGCUGACGAGGAUAUGCCUUUGAAUCUGAGCACCAAGCAGCGAGCUAAUGGCGACUCCGACCAGGAGAAUGAUCACAACAACAGCAGCCGCAGCAGUUGCCUCAGUGCAGGCAGUCUGAGCGAUGCGGAUCAUCCACUGCAGCUGAGCAGCACGAUCACGCCUCCACCCUUGCGUGCAGUGAAUCUGAAGACGGCAUCGGCGAUGACGCCACAGCGACGCUCGCAGGGCAACAUCAUUUGGUCGCCGGCGUCCAUGUGCGAGACGCGACUGCGGCAGACGACCAGCGAGUAUGAUGAGGAGGAGGAGCAGCAUGUGGAUCCCAUAGUGCGCAAGUUCAAGUACGAGCGUCGUACCUCGGCGGCCAUAUCCUCGCUGCACACGCCGCUCUCGACGCCGAGCAAUGCGGUGAAACAGAUCCCGACGUUUGAGCACGCUCAGCAGCAGUUGUAUGCGCAUCGCAGCGCUUUUAUGGCUGGACUGACUGGCAGCAAUCUGGAGUUGCUGACGCAGCAUCUUAAGUCACAGCAGCAGCAACAUGAGCAACAUCAGCUGAAAAUUGAGGCUGAGCAGAACAAUAACAACAACAACAGCAACAGCAGCAACAACAACAAUCGCUCGGCUGUGGCGUUGAUGGGUCUUGUGGCAGCCGCUGAAUUUGGCUAUAUGCGUAAUCAACACCAGCAACAGCAACAACAGCAGCAGCAGCAGCAGCAACAGUUGCAUCAACAGCAACAGCAGCAGCAACAUCCUGAUUCAACUGCCACAGAUGUUGCGCGUCGUUCGUCCUCCUCAUCAUCGUAUCAAGGCGAGUGCGGCGAGGAGAAACGCAGCGGUCGAAAUUUUCAGUGUCAACAGUGUGGCAAGUCGUUCAAGCGCUCCUCCACGCUCUCCACACACCUGCUCAUCCACAGCGAUACGCGGCCAUAUCCCUGCCAGUACUGCGGCAAGCGAUUCCACCAAAAGUCCGAUAUGAAGAAGCACACCUAUAUACAUACGGGUGAGAAGCCACACAAGUGUACCGUCUGCCUUAAAGCCUUCAGCCAAAGCUCCAAUCUGAUCACGCAUAUGCGCAAACACACAGGCUACAAACCCUUCGGCUGUGGCUUAUGCGAUCAAUCCUUUCAGCGCAAAGUGGAUCUGCGAAGACAUCGGGAGAGUCGCCAUGGGGAGGCACCUGGAGCUUUGACGCCACCUGCUCUUAUCAAAAUGGAGGUCAGCAGCAGCAGCUGCUGAAAUUGAAGUUCAGCAUGGACAGUUCGGAGACAC